AUGUUUAUUCGACAAAUCAAAAAUGGAGCUCUUCGAAAAUCUACAUCUACAUAUGAUAGUCGAUUAACAAACACUUCGACGCCUGUCUCCAUCUUCCCUAAUAUUCAACAACAACUAUACAGUUUUAUGUCUCCUGUCUUUCUUCAUAUAAUUACCUCCUCAAUCCAUCUAGUUCUUCUCGACGAACUCGGAUAUCUGUUUGUUAUUCUCUCAGUAGAUCGUCGCUACUAUUCUUCAACAAUUGGAGCUAGCACUGCGGAAAUCAUGCCCGUAUUCUCAACACAAAUAACCCGUUACAAAAAAACUGUUAGUGCCAAUGUGACACUUACAACUUGUGUCAAUUGUACAACCAACGGAUUCUGUCCACUGGGUUUGUCGAGUGAUCUUUUUACCAAUAAUCAACUGGCGAAUAUAACUCACGCAGUUGUCCAUUCUGAAUCACUUGAUAUAACUGGACUUGAUGAUAUUCUCUUUCUGUCACUGCUAUAA